GUCUCCGAUUGAUCAGCAUGCAGUGACAUGAUGAAACUGGGAGGCAAACUAGGAAGUUUAUAUAUUGAUGAUGUACACCAUGCAAAUUUUAUUUCCUUAUGCGCUCAGAAUAUUCAUCAUGUUUCGCUUUACUACUACAAUCACACUGGCUAUUCUCUACCUAAGCGCACCAUCACUUUCGAGACCUAUCCCUAGAACCGAGAAAGGAGAACUUAUUAAUAUCGGUAUUCAACUCAUACCGGGACUAGACAUAGGAGUAAAUGUUGGUCGUGGUGAUAAUAUUGUGGAUGUGAACCUCAAAUCCAUGCACCUGCCCUCAAUUCCUUGUACCAACACCCAGAAAUCGAUUGCAACAGCAGGUGUGGAGUUGCCAUUGAUAGACAGAAAUAUGAAAAUCAAACGCGUGGACCCGCCAACUUUGCCGAGUACUGCUGGACCUGUGAUAGCCAUAGAUUUGUCCAUCCCAAGUUUGUCGAGCACCUCACCGCCAACAUCAACUAGCACAUCAGAUUUCGUCGGUUCCAUUACAGCUAAAGAUUCGUCGAUUCCUAAGUCUUCAAUUGCUAGCAAAUCUACCUCGGCAAAUAUCUACUCAAGACGGCUCCACACACAUCAUCGCCAUACAGUAUACAUCUGUACAUCCUCAUCCGUUGCCAGCUCAGACCUUAUUCAAGAGAUUAGAAACAACAAAGUCAUUGACAAUCAACUCGCACACAGCUAAAUCAAUGGUCACCUCGAUCUCACCUUCGCAAACAAGAUUCCCCAUAGUACCAGUUGACUCUAUUUCAUGAGGAAAGACUACUUUGGUGACAAAGGCUUCAGGAAGCUUAUCGAUUGGGAGGGCUACUUGGCAUCCGCCCGCAGAGACUUUAUAUCCUCUUGUGGUUGAGCGUGGAGCACCGAAUAAAGGUUGGAAGAGAACAACUAGGUGGCAUCCAUCUGUCGAAAGUUCGUAUCCUCCUGUAGCUGAUCGCGGGUUUUCAAACGAGGACCGUUGAAUUGACGGAUAAUCAUUAGAUGAGUUUUACGUCCUGGCACACCUGUCUAACUUAUGCCAAGUGUGUAUCAUUUUUACUUUUACUUGUCGCGCCUGGUGCCUGCAGUCACCAAAUCUAGAUAGUCGAUCCUUAUUAUACAAAAAGCUGUAGGUGACGGCCAGCAGCCGUUGUGGUGUCAAUAAAAAUAUAUUAGUUCUUCUCUGCAAGUUUGCACCACAGAUCUAUGUCAAACAAUCUUCUGUCAUCAAAACAGAUUUUUGUAUUCAAUACUAUUUGGUAAUUCCGAAUCUUGAAAGAGCCUUUGUAUGUAGUCAUUCAUACACAAAAACUCCAACACUAUAUGCGUGGCAAUGUUCCUCUUAACUACUCAUUAAACA